AUGGCCAAGGACCGGGACGCGGCGGCUGCAGAGGGAGAGCCGGGGCGGCGGGCACGGCUCUGCCGGAGGGCCCCCCGCCUCUGGGGCCCGUGGGGAGCCGCCUGGAAGGCGCGCGGGAGCCCGCGGGGCACUCCCCGCCCGGGCUGCGGAGGUAGGCGCCGGCCUCCGGGCCCCGCGCUUGGGGAGCGCGAAGCUGGGAGGGAGGGCGCGCCCCGGGAGCUGGAGCCGCCCCUCCGGGCGCUUCCGGCGCCGCUGUCCCCGCGCCCCGCCGCCCGCCCAGGUGAGCGGGGCAGGGCCACGGCCGGAAGGUGCGGCCCCGCCCGCCGCGGCCCCGCGGGAAAGUGA